GCCAAGAGCAAAGCAGCACAACUAGACUGUCUGAGUAUCGAAGCCGUCAGCCUAGGCGAAGCUUUCCGUAUGCUCUGUCGGGAUUUUGACUUUUCUGCCUAUAGGACGACAGCAAAUAGUACUAAGAUCAUGUCCUCCACUUCUAGUACUGCAGGAGUGGUAGCAGGAGACAACUUUCAUUCCUCCACCUACGCUGGGCGAAGAACUUUGGUCGAGCUUUCUCAAGUGACUUUUUUGAAGCCCAGUUUGGAGGAGUACGACGUCUGCCCUGACGUCUUGGACGAAAGACAGGAGGCUGAUGGAACUUUGGCGAAUAUUGUAGUGGCUGAUCGUGUUGUCACAAAUCCACGUCAUCAGGGUAAGGAUCACAAGGAAGACCGCGACCGAGAACCUGCAUCAAUAAACGACACUGAGACAAACAACAAGUCCCCUCCUAUCAUUCUAUUGGCGUUUAGCAGUUCAACCAGCUCACCUAGUGCCAGUUCAUCAUCUUCACAUGGAGGUUCAGGCUCUUCUAGAGGGUCUGGAUAUACAUCUGGAUCUGCAGCCUCAGCCUCUCCCCAGCUACUUGCUGCAGCAAAUGACGCCGGCGAAGUUUUCGUCUAUGAUGUAGAGAGAACAUCCUUAGAACGCAGUCAGCAAGCACUAGUUGUUGGUCGGUCGCCUGCGACAUCGUCGUCGUCUGCGUUUGACCAUAGGACUGCAAGAGGAAGGAGAACUAGACAUGGGAAAACGACUAAAGGAUCUUCUGGUCUCUCAUCAUCAUCAUCUUCCAAAAUCAUGCUCCGUCGAAAGUGGCAAGCACAUCCAAAAGAAGCUCUGAUCACAGCGCUCAACUUUCCACCAAGGGGGCCGCCACAACACGUGUUCACGACGUCGUUAGGCAGCGCAACCAGAGGACCAGGCUGUGGAGAAGCCAAGCUGUGGAAUUCUUAUACUGGCGAAUUACUUGUCUGCUACGAAGACAGCAUGCCGAUUACUUGUGCAGGAUAUUUGCCAUUGUAUACCACAAGUAUUAAGGCUUUCGCUUUUUUUCCUUAUUAUCCAUCUUUUUCUUCUGUUAAGGAUAAGCAUCUUGAUUCUUGGAGCUGUCCCAGCAUAACGAGAGAGAGAGAGGCAUCUUCACGAUGCUUGCAUCUUAUGAUGCAUCUUAAGCUGUAAGGGUGAGCUCUAAGAAGAGUAGCUUUAGUGGUGCACAUGGACGAGAUGGAGGGUGUGGAACGGCGAAUAGUAUCGUUAACAACGCGCCUCAUCUUUUGUAUGCGACUGCUGCACCAGCAGUGCGACUGAUUUCAACGCAGAGGCAUGCUGUAGUCCAGAAAUUGAAGAUGGAAGCAGAGGUGCGGUGUCUCGCUUUCGAGGAAGAGUUAAGGCUUCCCCUAGUCCAUCGCCAAAAGCAAUUUUUUAAGACCCUUCGUUCCGGGAGAGAACCAACGUCUUCGCGAUCAUCUAUCUCAAGAUCUGGCUUUGGAUGCGGCUGAGCUCUAAAAGAAGCUGGUAGAUUCACGCUGCUUGGUGGAGCGAACGGCUGUAUCUACGUCAUUGAAGCAUACGCCAGAGGAGGUGGUGGUGGUGGUGGUGCUAAUCAGAGCGGCGCUUUUGGGCCAGGUAAUUCGUCAGCGACGAUGUCAGCUGGUGUGACUAGCAGUUUUUCUGCAUCAAAUGCCAUGGGUUUGGGGAUGAAUUCGAGUACUAGUAUGAUGGGCUCUUCUAGUAGAAGCUACAACAUACACGCCUCCGCAAACAAUCAGGCAGCACAGCCUAUUGCUGGUCCAUCUCCCUCUUCUUAAGGCUAUCGCUAUUGAAGCAUCCUCAGCGCCAUGCUUGGCUUCUUUUUCAAGAGGGAAAAGGGCCCAGGGAUCAUAGAGGACUUAACAAGGAUGCGACGCGGUAGCUGCUCUAAUCUACUCCUUCUCACGCGACACUACGCCUUCGUCCGAUGUUAGUACAGUUUCAGUACGAUUGUCGGGAAAUCACGAGUCUGAAAGUGCAACCACGGUUGCCAAGUAAAGGGAGGCCACCUUUACUGUUGGUAAACUGUCUUGCGAGCGAUGCAGUCGGCCUUCUGGAGCUUCAGUAUCGAAAUGGCGUGCUCAUCAUGCUACAGCUACUCCAACGAGUCUCGGUGUUCGGCAGCAACCAGUUUUUAUGGCAAAAGUUUUCGAGGACACGCCGUGCUGCUGAGUUUAUCGGAUUUUAGUCUCAAGUACUUCGACUUUACAACUAGUUGUACCUAGUUGUAGAAUCUUCGGUGAUGUGAACUCAAGUAGAGGCUGCAAGCGCGUCGGCGUCAUAAAUAGAGUGGUGUCUUCACGAUAAACCCCUGCCCCCUAUGAUCUAGUUAGUUGUAGAUAUCUCUUACCAUUACGAAUUACGUACCCUUGAUGACCUAUUCGCUAAUUUUUCUCCCCAUGCAGAGUUUAUUCUGCUGCGAGCAUUUUGCGGUUAGCGGAACGGAAGAGAGGCCUGGAGUAUUACAGGUUCUCAGUCUGGAUGGCGUUGACAAUAAUGUUCUAGAACCUGCUCAGCAAGGAGAACAACUACAACAGCAUCUAGCACCUUCCAGGAGCAAUGCAUCGCUAGAGACGAUAUCGUGUACGACGACACGAAGACUAUUGCCGUUUCUGGAGAGCAGGGGAGACGGAUUUUCAAAGUCUAGUUCUUCAAGUCCUCUGGCACGAAACGCUGGUGGAGAACAAACUGCUUCCUCGUCUAGUCGUGGUGCUUAUCAGGAAACGGCCAAUUAUGCAGUUACCUCUGCUCAACACAACAACAGGCAUAUAAAGUCCCAGCGAAAUUCUUCAAGUUCUUCCCCCUCUUCGUCACCAGGAAAAACCCCUGCUGGACGUCGCUCAGGAGGCAAGAAAAAAACGAGUUCAUCCAGUCCCUCAACUAGUACAGGCGCUUCGCCAGCGACACUGUCCCAUGCUAGUGCACUAUUAUCGCGUACAAGUCUCACGCCAGUGAGGCUAAGUGCGAGAGCCUCUUCGGGUACCAUAUCACCUGCCGCUGCGUCGCCAAGGGAUAGCAGUACACUGAUUGUUCAACCCAGUCAACUACCCUGCAUCACUAGCGCUUCAUCGUUAAUAGCAAAUGGCAUAUCACAAUUGGGCAGGAUAACACAGGCGUCGGCACAGGGACACUUAAAUGGAGGAGUAGGGACUUUGUUCAAUCUAGACGAAGAACAUGUUGAACAAGGAAUGGAGGGGGACGAGCUGUAUCCACCACCACGUGCUCGCGAUCCGAGCAGUGGUCAACAUCCUACAAAUACAAUGUCAAAAUCAAAAACUAUGGAGGUAACUACAACGACUCCAACCACUGCUGCGCCAUCUCCGGUAGAAGCAGGACAGAACAGCCUGUCUCUGGGAUCUCCUUCUCCAUGCCCUAGCCCUAGUAGCAAGGUCAUUGAUGCUUACCCUCUGUCGUUAGCAGUGAAUCCUGGUAGUACGAUCCUGGCAGUAGGAGACACACAUGGCGGGAUUACUUUGUUGAGGCGGACUGCUACUAGACGGCGUCCUGAUUAGUUUUUAGGCGUUUUUUGUUGACAUUUUAGGCAAGGACACUCUGACUCUUUUUAUGAGAAGAAGUGUGACGAAAUUAACUGAUAAUUUUUGCUUAUCUUGAUCUUGAAACAAAGUACAUAUUAUAUAGCUAUAGGAUUCCGAUCAGGACAGAUACUAACUGCUGCCGGACCUAUCUAUGGGGUUUGUUUGGUGAUCCUUAAAUUCAAUGUUUGUCUCUGUAGUUAUACCUGUGGUAUACCUUCUGUCUCACUCUCAGCAUUGUUCUUUGUAAAUUUGAUUUGUUUCAUAGCGACCAUUCGUCGAGAAGGCCAAAACAAGAUGAAAGGAAACGUAUAAACCGACCAAAAUCUUGCACAUCGCAAGCAGCCAUUGAGGGUUAUUUUUUCCGUGGAACGACACAGACCAUAAUGUAUAUCUUGAAGAUGCUCUUCCUCCAUCACAACGUCAUCUUCUUUUUUAUGCAUUUGAAAUCACUGAGUACCAAGGCGCACGAGUCUUCAAAAGGGAACGGACAAGAAGGAUGAGGAACUACAUUUUCAAUUUGAGGUUUCUUCAUUUGUCAAAUUUUAUUUGGGUUUCUCAGUUUGUUAAUCGUGGUGUAUCCAUCAGAAGCACUAGUAUCACAGGAGUACUUAGUGUCAACAACCUUCUCCUAUCUGAAUUGGUCUCCCCUGGAGAUCCUCUUUUUCUGGAAGUAGCAAACCCUGUUAGUUGUACCCCAGUGACCACCGUCCGGGAAAGAGGGGUGGAAAGUUCUGAGAAUAGACUAUCGAGGGUUCCUGGAGCACGGUUGCCGAAGUCUUUUCUCGCGUCCAUGACCAUGCUGCAGGACAUUUUUUCUAUCUCCCAGUGACAAUCUUCAUCUCGAUGUGGAUGCAUUUUAUGUCAGUCUACC